GUAAAAAAAGCUCUACAAAAUUAUGUUGCAAUCAAUAUACAAACUCAAGUGUAAAAUUUUAUCCUACAAAGUGGUCACAUGAAAAUUUAAAUUAUACAUCUAGCUAAGCAUUUGACUAACAAUGCAUUUAGUGGUAAAAUAUGUUUUCAAUGCGACCAGUAUUGUCUAUCAACAUGUGAUGCAUGCAAUUCUGCGGGACUUAACUACCUACUAUUGGGACAGAGAAAACGAAAAUUUUGAACAUCAAAAUGAACUGUCAGACACAAAACAAGAAAAUUGUGAUGAUAAAACUAACUCCGCUGCUCUUGUUGAAGAAUCAGAAAAUAUUGAAACUUUGGAUGUAUCAGAAAAUGAUAGCUAUACUAAAAAAGAAUUUGGUGUAAAUAUUGAAGAAAAUUGUGAUGUCAAAAAAAAUGUGGUAAAAACUUUGACAGGUAAUGAGGAUGAGAGUGAAACAGUUAAUGUUUGUAUGGUGUUUGCCUGUGUUCCACCCAAAGAAGACAAUCGAGAUGAAUGUGCUAUUCACCAUAUUGAAGAGAAUAUCAGCGAGGAAGCAAUGGAUGCUACCACUGCAAUAACACCAUCUGAUGAAGUUGCCACUACGUUAACAUCACCUGAAGAAAUUAUGAAUGAUGAAGAUGUAAAUGAUAAAGAUCCGAGAGAGACAAUAUUUGGCGACUGUAUUCAAAACAUACAAGAGGACACACAAGAAACUCAAUAUGAUAAAUCGUCUGAAACACAACCUGACAAAGGUAUUCAAAUGCCAGAUCAUUAUCCUUCUCUCUUUCAACACGUCGACAAAAUUGGAAUAUAUGAAAUGCAAGCAGAGAACAAGUCUGACACAAGUGAUGUGGCACCAAACAAACAAAACAAAGAAUACACUGAACUGGAACUAAAUGGAAAUUCAGAGUUAUCGUGUGGGACAAAGGAUAACUGCAGUGACACUGGGAGCAGCUGUAGUGAAAGCUGGAUGAAACGAUUCCUGUUCUACAUCACACCUGAGUUUGGCACACAACAAGAAGAUGAAACGGCUCAAGUGGUGGAAGUAUGUAACUGUGCACAAACACAUAGAUGUCUGCAGGUUGUACAGUGGGACGAGCAGGACGACGUGACCACAAACUAUGAGAUGCUGACAGCCGAACAACUGGGAUCCGUAGAGACAGGCUCUGUAAGUGACUGGCUGUACAGAGUCAAUCCCACCAUACAUUUGGUGCCUGCACCUGACAUAAGCAAUAGUAUAACAGAAAAAUUACAACAUCCACCAACUGAAGAAAACUUCACAGAUGAAAAUAAUAGUGAUGACAAGAGUGAAUUUAUUACCAAAAAAUUGUACAUUCGACAUUGGCUGGACAACACAGAAAAAUAUUGUUUACAACCUUCAGUGAAAUAUAAUGAUCAUGUUUAGUAAUUAUUUGAAAUUAAACUGCUUAUUUCUGUUGUGUUUUUAUAUUAA